AUGAAAUUAGUAGAUUAGAAUAUAAUACUACACUUUCUUCUACUUUUUGUGUUAAGCUUGAUGAAGCUACUCUUAACACCAUCGGCACAGAUAUUAGAGUAAUGGCCAAACUGAUUGUUGAUGAAAUUGAGGAAGGAGAUGAAUUCAAAUAG